CCGACGUUCUCCUCCUCCUCCUCCUAGUUGGCCAGCAUGGCUUCCGACCCACCCGUUGGCGCAAUCGUCGAGGUCGCUGCAGGCAAGGGUGUCGUUCGCUUCUGCGGCACCACGUCCUUCUCCCCAGGCAAGUGGGUUGGCAUCGAGCUCGACCAGGCAAAGGGCAAGAACGACGGCUCCAUCAACGGCACCUCCUACUUCAAAUGCGGGCCCCUCCGUGGUGUCUUUGUCCGCCCCAGCCAGGUCAAAGUCAUCCAGGCCACCCCAGCGUCGUCUCGUGCUCCGACAACCUCAGCUCGCCCAGGAGCAGCAGCAGCCCACGCCCGCCGCCAAAGCACCCAGGGUCUCCCGCGCCAGGCCUCCCUCGCAUCCUCCGCCGCCUCCUCCUCGCGCUCCGCCAGCCCCGCCAAGAACGGCGGCACCACACCCAGCAGAGCAGGCACAAGCAGCGUCCGCACCAGCGCCAACUCCUCCCCCGGCCCCAAACCCCGCUUCCCCACAUCCUCUGCGUCCCCCGCCAAGACACCCACCACAGCGUCCGCCAAACGCCUCUCGGUCCACCUCCCGCGCAAAUCCCUCUCGCGCACCGCGACGGGCGAUGGUCCUCCGCUUAGUCCUGUUAUCAAGAGCCCCGCGGCUGCAUUGGCGUCUGCGAGUGCGACGAGAACGAUGGUGCGCUCGCCUCCGCCAGAUCCGGAGCCAAGAAGGGCGGCGUCACCCCUCGCUGCUCCGCCUAUGACCGCAACGUCGUCCCAGUUCCCGCAGUCCCUGGCGGGCGCAGGCGCGGAGAUCGGAAUGGGGACGUCCCCGCCGCAGCCGUCGAAGCUCGCUAUACGCCCACCCUCGAGCGCGAACACGAACGGGUCGGUGGAACCCAUGUCCCCAUUGAAGCCGCCCGACCACGCAGACCUACCGUCGCCUAUUACAGCUCGCCUCCCACCCGACGACACCGAACUACAAGAACUCCGCGCCAAAAUCCGCGUGCUCGAAGCCAAACGCGCCGACGACGCGCGCCACGUGCGCGAGCUCGAGACGCGCCUGUCCGAGGCCGAGUCCUUCGUCGCGCUGCGUCCCAAGCUCCAGGCGAAGCUCAACCAGCUGCAGACGGACCUGACGAGCACGCGGCGGGAGCUGUCCGACGCGCAGCAGCUCGCGGGGCUCGCGGACGGGCGGCACGUCGAUGCGCAGGAGCAGCUCGAGAUGGCGAUGCUGGAUAAGGAGGUGGCGGAGGAGAGAGCGGAGAUGGCGGAGCAGGAGCUGGAGGAGGUGAGUGAGCGGUUGGCGCAGGUGGAGGUGGAGCUGCAGCAUGUGAAAGAGGGCGGGGGAGGGGUGGAGGGUGGGGGUGAGGGUGAGGGUAGGGGUGAAGAGCGCGAAGAGGGCGGCGAGUCGUCCGCCAAAUCCUCCCUGGCCUAUAUCCAACUCGAGAAGCAGAACGAGCGCCUCAAAGAGGCUCUCAUCCGCCUCCGCGACAUGUCCCAAGAAACCGAACACGACCAGCGGCACCGCAUCGCCGAGCUCGAGAAAGAGCUCGUCGCGAUCGACGACCUGCAGGGGCAGUACGAGUCCACGCUCAUCAAGCUCUCCAACGCCGAGACCCAGAUCGACGACCUCAAGGACCAGCUCGACGACGCUCUCGGGGCCGAGGAGAUGCUCGUGCAGCUGACCGAGCGCAAUCUGAUGCUGGGCGAGAAGAUUGAGGAGAUGCGGAUUACGAUUGAGGAUCUGGAGGCGCUGAAGGAGCUGAAUGAUGAGUUGGAGGAGAACCAUGUUGAGACGGAGAAGGGGAUGCAGGAGGAGCUGGAGGCGAAGGACGUUGCGAUUCGGGAGCACGUCAACAAGGUCAACAACCUCGAGGACGCGUGCCAGGACCUCGAGAACACGAUCGGUCAGUUCCGCGACCUCGUCAUCCAGCUCCAGAGCGACCUCGAAUCGCUCCGCGCCCAAACGCAAGACGCCCAACAAGAAUCCGCCUCCGCCGCGUCCCAAACCGCCGCGAUCAUGUCCCUCAACCUCAAACUCCAAUCCUCCGCAUCCAAGAACCAAGCCCGGCUCAUCGAGCUCGAGCUCCGCCGCCUCGAGGCGCGCGAGGCGCGCGCCCUCCUCGGCAUCGUGCAGCCGUACCUCCCCCAAUCGUACGUCGAGAGCGGCGACGCGGACGCGACGUCCGCGUACCUCUUCUUCGCGCGCAUGGGCGCCAAGAUCGACCUGAUCAACAGCGUCGUCGCGAGCGCGCACGGGCUCCCCGAGUCGCUCACCGCGCCGUCGGCGCCCGGCGGCGUGAGCGAGGUGCUCGUCGGGAUAUGCGAGAUGCGCGGGCGCGCGGCGGCGCUCGCGAUACUGUGCAAGCGCUUCGCGGCUGUGCUGCGGCGCUGCGAUGCGCCGUCGUUUCUUAGCGCGGGGCGGGUGUUUGCGGAGAUCGCGCCGCUGGAGAAGCGGCUGGAUAUGCAUCUGGAGGUGCUGAGAAGGGACAGCUUUAGGGAGAUGGAGUUUGUGAAUGAUGUGGUGAAGAUGCAGGCGCAGUUUGACCACCUCGCGGAGGCGUACUUUGGCGGGUUCGAGCAUGAUUUGGGCGAGCGGGAGUUGGGGUGCGCGGUGAGCUUUGAGAUGGACUUGGAUGUGUUUGGCGCGAGUUUGGCGGUGACGAAGUCGGCGGUGAGGGCGGCGUUGAAGGAUGAUGAUGUUACGCGUGAGAUGGGCGAGCUCGAUCCCGAGAAGGAGCUGUUUGAGCCGCUGCAGUCGUUGCUCGAGCAGUGCAAGGGCGCCAAGGUCCUUGCCCGAAAGCUCACAAAGCGUGUCGAAGAGCUCAUCUCGGAGAACUCUGCGCUCAAGACAAGUCUCAUGCCGCGCCUCACCGCACUCAGCAACGGCGUGCCCGAGCUCGUCAACUUCGGUAUCGACCUCGCGCAACAAGUCAUCCCGCACAUCAGCGACGCGCGGAGCGCCAAGGCGCCCUUCCAGCUCGCGGCCGUGCUCGCGUACGCGAAGCAGACCGCGAUGGCCACUGUCGCGAAGGAUCUCAGUCCGACGGCGUCGUGCUGGGAGGCCGUCGGCGAGGCGAUCGCGCACCUCGCGAACCAGUGCAAUGGGUUCCUGCCUGUUGCUAUGGAGAGCGAGAGCGUCGUGAAGAUCUCGGGCACACCACCCUGGGUCGCGCGCAUCGCGGACAUCAAGGCGUCGACGGCGAUCAACGUCGAGGCGGAGCGCAAGGCUGCGCAGCUGGCGGAGGAGAUCCAGGGGCUGAUGCGCACGCUCAAGGGCAAGGACGUCGCCAUCCAGGAGUCGGGCGUCAAGAUCGAGCACCUCGAGCGCCGCAUGGAGACGGUCAAGCGCCAGGCGGACGCGAUCGUCGAGCUCGAGAUCGAGCUCGCGAAGAGCCGCAAGCAGGAGCGGGCGUACGAGGAGGCGAUGGAGCAGCUGCAGACGGAGUAUGAUGCGCUUGAGGCGGAGCUGGCGAAGGUGAAGAGUGCGGUGAGCGGGCAUGAGCGGACGGUUUCUGGCGCGCAACCCAUCGAGUCGGAGAGCAUGGCUGUCGAGGGCACACUCGAGACGUCGCAGCUCAUCGAGCAGAUCGAAGCCCUCCGCGGCACGGUCCGCUUCCUGCGGAACGAGAACGCCUAUCUCAAGGGCCAAGACCUCCUCAAGGAGAUCCAGAGCCUGCCCCUCCUCCCUGAUCCCGCGCCCGUCCCGCGCCCCGCCUCCCCGCGCACACCGCCGCUCGCGCCCUCCAGCCUGUCCGACUCGGAUGCCGAAUCCGAGUUCGACUCGUUGCCGUCGUUCCGCGCGCCGCGAGUGCCGAGGGCGCGCGCGCUUGCGACGGAGACGAAGAUGCUGUACAGGGACGUGAUCAGGUUCUCGGCGUCGCCGCGGGUGGUUGAUUUGAGCGUCAUGCAUGCGAGGAGGAAGGCCGAGGUCGAGGGUGCGGACGCUGGCGCCGGUGGAGAUGGGGCUGCGGAAGGAGAGGAAGGGAAGGAAGGGAAGGCGCAGGGUGCCAGCAAGGCCGGGAGGAGCGGGAGAGUGUGGAUGCCGCGCAAGGCGACGCCUGCGCACCAGAUCAUGGAGCGCAAAGCCGAGGCUGAGCGGUUGAGCAGGCGGGUGAAGGGCCUGAUGGAUCGCGCGAAUGCGCUCUGAGGACGUGACUAUUUAUGCUGCGAGGGUGAGGGCGUUGGCGUAUUAUGGAGGUGAUAGACGGCCGACUGGCGGGUUGGCGGGUUAGUGUUAUCUUACGAGCUUAUUACUUGAUGGUCUUUUUCCACAUAUACCUUAGGAAUUCAUGCAAUCCUUAUGAUUUACGGAUUUACUAUAGAUUUUGACCGCAGUUAUAUCACC